AUCCAUUUCCCUCUCCGCCUCAACCGUGUUGGACUUCAAUUAUUAAAAACUCCAAAGUGUACAAAAUGACUUUGGAGUUUAAUGGAUAAAUUAAAAGGGUAAUACGCUGUUGACGUUUUGCGUUAAUGUUUACAUCCUAGCAGAAACGUGGCUUGUAGUGCUCCUUUAAACGCCAGGGACACUCCAGAGGCAGCAUUGUUCGGGUUUUUUUCUACUCCACCACUUGACUUUACUCCUGAUUUGAAGAAGAGAGAGGGAGAGGGAGGCAGGGAGAAGAGAAGAGGGGGUGGAGGAGUGGUGAUUGAGCGCAAAGGGGGCAGGACUUUUCCCUCUGCGGGUCCUAUUAAGAGCAAACUUUGUGUUUUUGUUCUCCCAAGUUCAGCUCAGUCCUCUUCAAGGCUGCACAGGGUUCCUCUCUCUCUCUCUCUCUCUCUCGCUCUGUUUUCUCCCCCUUUUCCCCACUUCUUUCUCAAUGGUUUUGUUUUCUAGCCUGUCGGUCACUGCUGUGCGCCUUAUGCACAGGGGUAAGGGGGGGUGGGGAGAGUCCGGGCAAGGAGAGGAUGCGCUUUUACGCACGGACAACAGCAACCUCCUAAAGUAGUCCCUUUCGGCCACCCCGGGGAUGUUUUAGCUGAGCUCUAAAUGUUUUUCGGGUUGGAGUGAAAAAUGCUGCGGCUCCUCGGUGCUCUGAGCGGGAGCAUGCUCUGGUUUCGGCUGCUGCUGCUGCUGCCGCUGUGCGUCGUGGAGUUUGGAGCCGGAGUGUCUCCCUUCCAGGGGUUCUAUCUUCCACCUGCGAGCGGCUCGCUGCUCACACCUGCCCGGAGGACAGACGGGGUGGUGCGGACCAUCGAUCGGAUUUACAACGGCGGGGGGAAGGUGGGCUACCUGGUGUACCUGGACGGCAGGCGCUUUCAGCUGGACAUGGAGCGGGACGAGGCGGUGCUGUCGCAUCACUUCAGCCCCCAGUAUGUGCUCGCGAUGAUGGGACAGAGCCCCGCGCCGCUGCAGCGGGAAUGCGCGUACCGCGGAACGGUGAACUCCAACCCGGAGUCCCUCGCCGUCCUCAGCCUCUGCGGUGGAGGUCUGGAGGGUUUCUUCGCCGUCAACAACUCGCGCUACGCCAUCACUCCCAUCAUCAGGGCGAAGGGACACGAGCACGACCUGCGCGCCCUGCACGACCAGGAUGCGGAGAGCGCGCUCCACGUGUUCACGCGCGAAAGCUUCAGCUUCGAGGCUCUGGGCGAGGGGCGCGAGAGCUGCGGCACGCGCGACGGGAAGAGAGGGCGCAGGAACGCAGCGGGGAGACGCCGACGCCGAGCUCGCGGGGAGGGGAGGCGGGAGGGAGAAGAGCGGCACGGCGCGCGAGGGAGGAGAUGGUGGAGCCGCCUCGUCACGGAGCCUGGCGCGCGGCGCAGGAGGUCCGUGUCGCGCGCCAGGCACGUGGAGCUGCUCCUGGUGGCGGACGACACCAUGACCAAGAAGUACGGCAGGGACUUAAACCACUACUUGCUCACACUGGCCUCCAUCGCUUCCAAACUGUACGGACACGCCAGCAUCGAGAACCCCAUCCGGCUUUCCGUGGUGAGGGUGAUCACGGUCACCGAGAAGGAGAAGGGGCUGGAGGUGUCCAAGAACGCGGCGGCGACGCUGAAGAGCUUCUGCAAGUGGCAGAACCAGCAGAACUCGCUGGACGACGACCACCAACAGCACCACGACGCAGCCAUCCUCUUCACCAGGCAGGAUUUAUGUGGCCACCACUCCUGCGACACCCUGGGCAUGGCGGACGUCGGCACCAUCUGCUCUCCGGAGAGAAGCUGCGCUGUCAUCGAGGACGACGGCCUUCACGCUGCGUUCACCGUCGCUCACGAGAUAGGUCACCUGCUUGGAUUGUCCCAUGAUGAUUCGAAGUUCUGCGAGGAGCGCUUUGGGGUCAACAGUCACAAGCAGCUCAUGUCCUCCAUUCUCACCUCCAUCGAUGCCUCCAAACCCUGGAGCCGCUGCACGUCUUCGACCAUCACCGACUUCUUUGAUGACGGAAAUGCCGAGUGUCUCCUCGACUCUCCUCGCCAACCCCUCCUCGGGCCGGAGGAGCUCCCGGGCCAAAGCUACGACGCCGUCCGACAGUGUCGCCUGGCCUUCGGGCCCGAGUACACGGUCUGUCCGGGCAUGGACGUAUGUUCCCGCCUGUGGUGUUCGGUGAUUCGCAAGGGACAGAUGGUGUGUCUGACCAAGAAGCUUCCAGCGGUGGAGGGAACGCCCUGCGGGAAGGGGCGCAUCUGCCUGCAGGGGAAGUGUGUGGACAAGACCCGAAAGAAGCACUACUCGGCAUCCAACCACGGCAGCUGGAGUUCGUGGGGACCUUGGGGUGCAUGCUCCAGAACCUGCGGUGGCGGUGUGCAGUUUGCCCAGCGGCUGUGCAACAACCCGGCACCGCGAAACAACGGGCGUUACUGCAUAGGAAAGAGAGCCAUCCAUCGGACGUGCAACGUCUCUCCACCGUGCCCGACCUCAGGUAAGAGUUUCCGUCAAGAACAGUGUGAAGUUCGUAACGGUCCCCAGACAGACCCCAAAGGGGUGAAGACCUUUGUCGAGUGGGUGCCCAAGUACGCAGGAGUUCUCCCUAAAGAUGUGUGCAAGCUAACAUGCAGAGCGAAGGGAACGGGCUACUACGUGGUGUUCUCUCAGAGGGUGGUGGAUGGGACCGAGUGUCGUCCUCACAGCAGCUCGGUGUGCGUGAAAGGGAAAUGCGUACGUACCGGCUGCGACGGCAUCAUUGGCUCCAAGCUCCAGUUCGACAAAUGCGGUAUAUGUGGAGGCGACAACAUGGGUUGUAUACGGGUCGUUGGGAACUUCACCAAGAGGAGCAAAGGCUACACCGACAUAGUGAAGAUCCCCGCGGGGUCGACUCACAUCAAAGUCCGGCAGCACAUGGCCAAGGACCAGACCCGCUUCACCGCCUACCUGGCCCUCCGGAAGCCAGGUGGCGAAUACCUCCUGAACGGCAAGUUCAUGAUCUCCACCUCAGAGACCAUCAUCCCAUUCAACGGUUCUUUGCUCAACUACAGCGGCUGGACCCAGCGCGACGAGUGGCUCCACAGCAUGGGCCCCGGGGCUCUCAGAGAAGCGCUGGUGGUCCAGAUCCUGGCUACAGAUGCAAAAAAGCCCCUCGAUGUCCGUUAUAGUUUCUACAUGCCGAGGUGGACAGCCGCACAGCAGCAUUCAAACUCAAAGCUGACCCCUUCGCAGAGCACCACCACCACCACCACAUCUGCCACGACGAGGUCCACCACGAUUAGCACCACUACCGCUCCCUCUACUCCCGCUGCUUUAGCCCUAAGGCCAACUACAGGUCCAGUUCCCUCAACCCCUCCUCCGGGUCCCAAGUGGGUAACGGGACCUUGGAUGACGUGCUCCAGGACUUGCGAUACUGGCUGGCAGAGCCGGACGGUACAGUGCAAGGACCAGGAUGGUAAACUGUCUAAGGGCUGCGUUCUGAGCGCCCGCCCCUCCGCCUUCAAACACUGUUUGGUGAAGAAAUGCUGAAGUGGCAGGAGCGCACAGACGCAGAGAGACGUUUUAUUGUAUAGAUCUAAACAGAUCCGAAGUGUUGGAUGUACGACGUUGAAGCGGUGCGUUUAAGACGUGGAAUCCUAAAGAUUAUGAAUGUUGGCGAAUGAAGCCAGGAUCGGACUCCUUAGAAGAUUUACAGACUGGGUAGAGAGAAAAAAAAAUGUACAGGACUGUAUUUGACAUAGGAAUGACCUGGAAUCAUUCUAGCUAUGCAGAACAUUAGCAAAACGGAGAGGUAUCGCCCUGGCAUAGCUAAGGACGCACGUUGCAUGCAGUUUCCACAUGGACAAUAGCUGGUUGUCUUUACGUCACCAUCCAAACCCUCACAGUUUAGUGAGUCUUGCCCUGUUAUGGCAUGAGUGUCUUUUUAUGCUUCCAAGUGCUGUUGUCAGUCGGCUCGCACUGCUUUGUCUUUUGUCCUGAAUUUGUCUGAGACAAUAGCCCCAACAAGGGGAAGCACCCGGUCUGCACAGUAGCUCGGACUCUGGAUUGCUGGACUCUUAAUUUAUAAUCUGUUGGAAAUAUGAUAGAAAACACUCAUUCACUGGAUCCUCGCCUGUCUUUAUGGCAAUCUGACAAACUAAGUCUAAGCAAUAGCUACGCCUCAUAUUAUACAUGCCUCGCCAUUAAUUCGAGUUUUCUAUCUUCCAGUUGUUACCCCUAAACACAGUCCUAAAAAAGGUCCUUCUUCUUUUUUUGCCCCCAUUUUUGCGAUCAGCAAACAAAUUAGAAUUUUAGACAAAGAUAGCCUGGGUUGAUACAAAAAGUCGUUUUUAAAUGAUGGUUUUAUUUAUUAGGAAUAAAAAAAAAAAAAAACUACCUGGCCCUAUGUGAAAAUAGAGCCACCCCUUACAUCUAACAGCUGGUUGUUGCCACGACUGUAGCAACAACUGCCAUCAAGCAUUUGCUGUAACUCGCAGUGAGUCUUUUAAAAUUGCCAGGGAGCAAACUCUUCAUCGCAGAAUUGUUUUAAAUAAGCCAAGUUGUUGGGAUUUUGGAGCAUGAACGGCCUGUUUAAGGUAACUACAGUGUCUCAAAUGGAUUUAAAGUUGUUGGUCUAUCUUGGAUCAUUGACCGAAAACGGCUCGAGGUUGAGGUCACCGGCUAAUGACUGGAUAAUCUUAGAGAGUUUCAAGUCGUCCGGGUCCUGAAUCAGCCCCAGGCCGUCACCCUUCUACAACGUUUGACUGCAGGCAGCCUUUGCCGAUGACUUUAUCGCUCAUCUUUUCUUGAAUUUCUUUAGAUUGGGGUGUGAUCUUUUAGCCCACUUCAUGUUGUCAGACCGGUUUGGUUCAAGUCUGAUAGCAAUCAGGUCAGAGUGUGGCCGCUGACGAUGUGAUUGAUUCACGAUUUAUCAGAUGGAAACGAUUACCUUUUCACAUAGGACCAAGUCGGUUUGGAGGAAUAAAACCAUCAAAUAAAAACUGCUUUUUGUAUUAUUCAGUUUAUCUGCGUUUCCUAAUCCGAAACAUUUAGGUGUGUCAAACAAACCGAAGAAAACACUGAAACUACUACACAAACUCACAUAUACCAAUGAAAAGAGAUUUUCUUAAUGUAUAAAUCUGAUUUGGCUGAUGGUUACGUUUAAAAAAUGGGAGUGAACAUUUUUCUUGCAGUCAGAGCAUUGUCCCAGUAUCCCUGUGACAAUGUAAAAGAUCAGGGAUGAAAGAGAAGGCUAAAAAGGUCAGAUAGCUUAUUGGUCUCACCGCGGUCCGGGUCGCAGAACGUCAGCCGUGUCUAAGCCGGGAAGAAAACGACAUUCUCAAGAACGCGCACAAGCCAAACAGAGGCAGCUCACCCCAAUAGUGACGUUUGCUUACAAGAUGACAUGGCAAGAUCAUCAAUGGUUAGAGUACCCCACUUCACAUGUACUCAACAACUUAGCUCCGACUACCUCCAUUGCCAGCUCAGAGGUGUAACAGCAGUAAACCAACUUCAUCCUCUCAAACUUGCUAAUUUUCAACUCGUUACAGCCGAUCUGGGUAGGACGUGUCUGUCGGGUACGUCUGCUAAAUGUGGGCAGAGGUAUUGGUCCUACUGACUGAUAAUCAUCACUGUAGGGGGGGAAAUGUGUCUCCUGAGCUGCAGAUUCAGUCAAUGCCUUUUGUGUUUUUCUGUGUUUUGAACCGUCUUCAAUCAUUUCCUGAGGCUGCCAGUUUUGUUUUAUGGGAACUGGAUAGCUGUCAUGUUUUUGUGUGUUAACAGGGAACUCUGAUAGGAUUGUGUGUGCCCUGGAAACUUGCUAUGACAGAAAGAGGGAUGCUAAUGCAGCCUUUUAGUGGAGUAAUUAUUAUUUUUUUUAAAUCUGUUUUUAACUUGCAUAAUAUCUUGAAUCUACCUUUACAUUUUUGGUCUUUGCAUGCCAACAUUUUUUUGGUAUAAAAUUGAGCUGCCUGCCUCAGGAAAAUUUGUACCAACUAUGAGUCGAUUCCUAGCCGGUUAAGGUACAUUUUGCAGCCCAUGAUUUAAAGUAAUUUUCCAAAAACUACUGUAUGAAAAUUUGGCACCUCCAAAAUAGUAUAUAGUAUAUACGACAAGGUGGUCACUUAGUUUUUCUGUCUUAAUUUAAUUUGUCUUUUUUGUUGGUCCAAUCUGGACCAACAAUAAAUAAUAAAUAAGAGAAUAAUGUACCAUGACAUUAAAUUAUACAUUAGACUGGUGCCUUUUAAUGAAUUAUCUUCCUAAUUUAUCAAAAACCCUUAACUACCAAGAGAAUAAAGCAACACGGGCGGUUAAUGAAAUUGUCAGGGUACAAAGUGCAAGUAGGGCGGUCAUGUAAUUGCAGCUAAGGGUACAAAAUGAUAAAGACGAAAUGAUCCACAGCCCAACAUUAGCUAACGGUUUUAAAAGUAACACGAAAAAAAAAAUAACUUACUAACAUUUCAAGAUUUAAAGUUUCAAAACCCUUUUUUUCUUCAUUUAACAGAACAAAAUUCAGUACACAACCUUUUUAACAAAUCAUCUUUACAGACAAAAAUUAAAAGAACAUAUAUAUUUAAUUUUUCUUAAAAAUUAAAAUACAUUCAAGCUCACUUUCUUUGUCUUAUAUUCCACAACUGUGGAAUUUGGGAAGUCUGGACUGUCUAAAUGUAAUUUUUGUUUUAGUUUUGUGAAACUGUCACAUUGUUGUAUUUUUACUUUUCCCCAGUUCACUCUUUAAUGCUCCACUAAACUAACAGGGUGUGGCCUCGGUGCGCACAGUAUUUGACGUUGGUAUCAAUCAUCUCAGCUAGAUCUCCAAAAUAAAAUAAAAAACAAAAGAAACAAAAAAAAAUUGUCAAAAGUGUAUUUCUAAACUGUUGCUUUAAGAAAAAAUAUCUUGACUAUAGGACAUUAUGCUAUGUACUGAAGAAGAGGAAUAUCCUUUUCUGUAAUUUAAGCGAACCAACUUCUGACAAUCUUCAACCCUCCAUGUGACAUUACCGUUCUUCCGGUAAUUCAGCAAUAGAUGCAACAGAGCAUGUGUCUGCUUGUUUUCGAGACAAUAUAUAGUGCCAUGAAACGAAUUUAGCUUUAUACAGAGUCCUUCUGUUUUUAUUUUUUAUUUUUUGUCACAAUAAUUUUAACUUCAGCAAUGACAAACUGGAUAAUAAAAAAAAAACAUUUUUGUAUGUAGGUCUGGGCAUUUAGUGUUGCUUUUUUAGAUAAUUUGGUCUACUUCAUGUUGUCAGAUAGGUUCGUUCUAAGCGACUUCUUGAUUUUUACAGAUAGUAGUAUUAGUAGUACCCGGUAGCAACCGGGUCUGCGUGUGGUUAGUUAUGUUGAACGGAUCUCUGGAAUAAAGCAAUUGUGAAAUGGUACCGGUCAGACAACACGAAGUAGGCGAAAAGAUCUCAAAAACAGCACAUUGUGCACCAAUCUGCAUACAAAAAUAGCUUCUUUUUUUAUCUAAUUAUCUUCGUCUGAUAUUAAGAUUUGUUUGUUAAUCUGAAAUAUUUCAACAAAAACAGAGGAUAGUUGUACAGGGCUGUUUCAAAGCACUGCACUAUUAUGAGGCCAUUCAUUUGUGUAAAAUAAACCAACUGUAUUCCUGACAUUACCUCAUCUCUCGUGUCUUGGACGUAAGAAACACCUUCCUGUAAUUGUGUUAAUAUACCUGGCACCCAUCGCGCUUUCCUGCGUGAGAAACCAUGCAACAGACAAAAACUAAAUGUUUUAAACACAAAACACAGGUCAGGUUGCAACUGAGAGGCCUCACACAAUGCAGACUGACAAAGUACAUUUAUAUAAUAAAUAGAUAAGUUACAUUUAAGUGUUAAAGCAUAUAUACACCAGAAAUGUACACACUCACACACAAGCAGUGGAAAAACUAUUUUUUAUUUUUUGUAUUUUUGACUGACGACACAACCUAUACUGACUCCUCGAGUGGGGUAACGCCUGUUGCAGACCGCCGGAAACACAGCACUGAACUUGUAAUUUAUUGUUUGUACAACUUCUAUGUGUGAAUAAAGAAACAGUGAGAUGAGUUUUAUUUAUUAUAGUAAUUUUGUAUCAAAUUACUAUUUAACUAUAGGAAUAUGACUGUGCUGAAACAAUCCUAUGUAAGAAUAUAGUGUUUUCUUUUCUAGCCAUCCACAUGAAUAUAUGUAUAUAAAAUCUAUAUAUUUAAACA